GGUGGCUUCGUUCUUCGGUUUAUUUCAUCGAUAAUAAUUAUGGAGGCCUUACGUGAUGAUGGUUUUUUAAAAUUUAACUCGGACACUUUAGAGAAACUGCGAAAACAAUAUGGUUUUGAUACUCCGGCGCGGAUGACUGAAGCCCUGCAGAUUUUGGAGGAAUGGAUGAAGAAGCAAGAGCAUUUUGUGAAAAAGGACUUUCCCAGGGAAUACUUGGAGAGAAUACUGAUACACAACAAGGGUUCCGUAGAGAAAGCCAAGAAGAAGUUGGACAAGAUUUGCACGCUCCGGACCUUGGUACCGGACUACUUCGAAGUAAAAGACAUCAACGAGUUGGACAAAACCGUACGAGACUCCUUGAUGGAUGUUCUCCUCCCGACAAUGACGCCCGACCACAGUCGAGUCUGUAUGUUUAAGGGGAAGGACGUUGAGAGUAACUCACUUAUAGCCCGUCAAUAUUUAAGCCUUCAUCUCGCUACUUGUGAAUAUCUGCAGUAUUUCGACUACAAUAACGGCCUGAUCUACCUGGCGGACUGGCGCGGCGGCCACCCCGUGUCUUUCUCCAAGGCCAUGAACAUUGCAGACUUUAAAAUUUUCACUGAUAUUGUGCUCGAAGGCUUCAGUAUGAGAGUGAAGGGGGUCCACUUCCUUACUGAUUCUCCCGUAAUCAACAUCCUGGUGACGUUUGUCAAGCAAUUCGUUAGCGACAAGAUCGCCAGCCGCUUCCACGUGCACACCUCCAUGGAUACCGUGUACGAGCACAUACCGAGACACGUCCUACCCGCGGAAUACGGGGGGAAAGAUAAGGCCGCGGAGGAUAUUCGAGACGACCACAUCAAGGCGCUAAGCUCACCCGAGUUCAUAUCGCUCAGGCACGAGAUGAAGGGCGGUCGGACGGACGAGGCGCGCCGGCCCAAGGACGCAUUCUACGAACAGCACAUGGGCAUGGCCGGCACUUUCAGAAAUCUCAGUGUAGACUGAUACUAGCUUAGAACGUUUGGUAGAUUUUCAUA